AUGGCUUUUGGAAGAAGCAGUCCGCCGCCUUCCCAAUCCUCGGCCAAGAAGCAGCAAUCCAUCUCCAGCUUCUUCACUCCUAAGCAACCCGCUGCGAAGAAGGCUACCGCGCCUACGCCAUCUACAACCAAGACACCAUCAAUAACCAACGCGCCUGACCUCACAAAUUAUGUCGCAGACACGUCCGUAAAAAGCAGUCCACCUAAGCCAAAACGUCUCUUUGAAGAGUACAGCGACGAAGAUGAAGACUUGCCUGAUCCAAAAAGGACGCGUCAGGAUGUAGACAACUUGGAGAAUGCGGCACCAUUACCCAGCACCACACAGCCAUACAGACCUGCGACUGCCAAUGCGUCUGCACCUGUCUCGGACCGUACAUCCAGAUAUGUCUUCUCAAGUUCUCAGCCUGACCAACCUCUACAAGACGUCCAAGACGAUGAGACUGUCCGCAGGCAGAAAGAGCGUUUGCACCGAGCGUUCGUGAAGAAACUCGGCAGGCCUGACAGUCUCACCGACAUCAGACGUCGCAAUCACUUCAUUGACGAAGAACAACCUGACGGUGACGAGGAUCUCGAUGAGGAAGAGGAGGAAGUUCAGAAGCCUGCAAAAGGUAGAAAGGGCCCUGCAGUUCGGAAGUCUGCCAGCAAGCUCACGCCCAUGGAGAAACAAGUCGUCGAUCUCAAANAGAAGCACAUGGAUACACUUCUGGUCGUGGAAGUGGGUUACAAGUUUCGUUUCUUUGGCGAAGACGCUCGCAUUGCUGCAAAAGAAUUGCAAAUCAUGUGUGUACCAGGAAAGAUGAGGUUUGAUGAGCACCCGUCCGAAGCACACCUUGACAAAUUUGCUGGAGCAAGUUUUCCUACCCAUCGUCUGCAUGUCCAUGUCAAGCGUCUUGUCUCUGCCGGACAUAAGGUUGGUGUUGUUCGUCAACUAGAAACAGCCGCAUUGAAGAAGGCUGGUGACAACCGCAACACACCUUUCGUCCGCAAACUUACAAAUCUCUACACCAAGGGUACCUAUAUCGAUGACAUAGAAGGUCUAGACGGUCCUGUAGCUGCACCGGCUGGAGGCGCUCCUGCAACUGGUCAUCUGCUCUGUCUGACCGAGACAAAUGCCGGAGGUUCAGGCACGGACGAGAAGGUACGUCUUGGUAUUGUCGCUGUUCAGCCCACGACAGGCGAUAUAAUCUACGACGACUUCCACGAUGGCUUCAUGCGAAGCGAGCUCGAGACUCGCCUGCUUCACAUUGCGCCUUGCGAGUUUUUGAUCGUCGGCUCUGUGUCCAAAGCAACCGAGAAGUUAGUCGAACAUCUAUCAGGCAGCAGAACUAAUGUCUUCGGAGAUCGCGCACGUGUAGAGCGUACCGAGAAGUCGAAGGCGUUCGCGGCUCAAGCAUACACUCAUAUAUCUGAUUUCUACGCUGGUAAGAUGCAGUCGGAUGAAUCGUCAGAAGAGAAAUCAGCGAUGCUCGACAAGGUUCAUCAGCUUUCUGAACUCGUCACAAUGUGUCUUUCGGCCAUGAUCACUCAUCUGACCGACUAUGGACUCGAGCAUGUCUUUGAUCUCACCAAAAACUUCCAAUCUUUCAGUGCACGGUCACAUAUGCUUCUGAAUGGAAACACACUAUCUUCGUUAGAGAUCUACCAGAAUCAGACAGAUCACACUGAGAAGGGCAGUCUGUUCUUUAUCCUGAACCGGACACGAACUCGUUUCGGUCAGCGUCUUNUACGCAAAUGGGUGGGACGUCCGCUUCUCGAUCAAGAACAACUCCAGAAGCGUAUCGGCGCUGUCGAAGAACUCCUCGACACUGACCGUGCUAUCCCCACUGACCGCAUAAAGAAUCUACUCGCCCACGUCAGGGGCGACUUGGAAAAGUCGUUGAUCAGGAUCUACUACAAGAAGUGUGCUCGUCCAGAGCUGGUGUCUGUACUUCAGACGUUGCAGAGUAUCUCAAAUGAGUACUCGCAUGUCAAGACUNCAGAAGAUUCUGGUUUCAAAUCUCCAUUGCUUGCUGAGGCUAUCGCGUCCCUGCCGUUGAUUUCCGAAGACGUCAUCUCUUAUCUCGAGAGAAUCGACCUUCAAGCCGCAAAGGAUGACGACAAAUAUUCCUUCUUCCGCGAGCAGUACGAGACUGAAGACAUCACUGAUCACAAAGUCGCGAUCGCUGCUGUCGAGCAUGAUCUGGACGAGCAUCGUCCUGAAGCCGCAAACAUACUCAAGAAGACUGGCAAUGUCAACUAUGUAACAGUUUCUGGCAUCGAAUUUCUGAUUGAGAUUGAGAACAUUCAUCUCAAGAGGGUACCCGCGUCUUGGAUCAAGAUCAGUGGAACCAAGAAAGUUUCUCGCUUCCAUACACCAGAAGUCGUCAAGUUGAUUCGCGAACGUGAUAGAAGCAAGGAAGCUCUUGCCAAUGCAUGUGACGCAGCAUUUGCUGAAUUGCUUUCUGAGAUUGGUACCAAGUACCAGACGUUCCGCGAUUGCAUUCAGUCGUUGGCAACUCUGGACUGUCUGCUGUCGCUGGCCGACAUUGCGAGUCAACCUGGCUACACAAAGCCUGAAUUUAUCACCGACAUUGACGAGGUUCGCAUUGAGGUCAGGGAGGGCCGUCAUCCGAUGGUUGAGCAAAUCCUUCUUGAUUCGUAUGUGCCAAACGACAUUCAAUUGUCUUCCAAGGAGAGAGCGCUUCUGAUCACUGGACCAAACAUGGGCGGCAAGUCAUCCUAUGUCAGGUCGGUAGCCUUGAUCAGUAUCAUGGCACAGAUAGGAAGCUGGGUGCCUGCAUCACAGGCAAGACUUACUCCAUUGGACGCUAUCUUCACACGUAUGGGCGCAUUCGACAAUAUGCUGAAGGGCGAAAGUACUUUUAUGGUGGAGCUGUCUGAAACAUCAGACAUUCUCAAGCAAGCGACACCUCGAUCUCUGAUUAUCCUAGACGAGUUGGGCCGCGGUACGAGCACACAUGAUGGUGUGGCGAUUGCACAAGCCGUGUUGGACUACGUCGUACGCGAGACCAAAGCACUUACGCUGUUCAUCACCCACUAUCAAGCACUUUCGCGGAUGGCCGAGCGAUACGAAGCACGAGAACUUCGAAAUGUGCAUAUGCGCUUCACAGAAGAAGUGGCUGGCGAUGAGCACACUGACAUCACUUUCCUCUACGAAGUCGGAGAAGGUGUCGCACAUCGCAGUUACGGCUUGAACGUGGCGAGACUUGCGGGACUACCCAAAGAUGUGAUUGAUGUUGCAGCGGUGAAAAGCACACAGAUGGAAGAAGAAGCGAACAGGCGGAAGAUGGCGCACUUGUCGCGACUGCUCGCUGCCACUCUCGAGAGCGACCAGUCAUCCAACACCGAGUUACUUAUGGCUGGCCUUGACAUGAUGUAG